AUGACGAACAAACCACCUCCACCAGCAUCAACUGGGACCUCAGCCGCCAAGCUCCCGCCCUCCUCCUAUAGCGGUUCGGCCACCCUAUUCAACGAAUCCAACCUCUUGAGGAUUGAAUUGGAUCACCUUCUUCAACUGCUUUCGUGGGAGGCGGUUGGAGUAGUGUUGCUUGACAGCUGCGGCCUAGAGUUCUUGCAAGUGGGUUGUGGUGACGAGGAGAGUGGGAUUUCCAUUUGGGCUCUCCAAUCGGCUAGGGCUUGUGAGAAGACCGCAAUUUUGGAAGGUAUACUUAUAUGGGUUACGACUAAUUAA